AUCUUGAGUGCUUUGAGCGGAGUGGUUCAUUUGCGGUUUCGCGUUGUGUCGAAUUUGUUAUUGUUUAGUACGGUGAAAUUACAAAUUAAACUUUAAAAUGAAGAUUGAAGAGGUCAAAAGCACUGCUAAAACACAGAGAAUAUCAGCACACACCCAUAUUAAAGGACUGGGUUUAGAUGAAAAUGGGGUUCCAAUUCAAAUGGCAGCCGGUCUCGUGGGGCAAGAAAACGCGAGAGAGGCUGCGGGUGUAGUUGUGGACAUGAUAAGGAGCAAGAAAAUGGCUGGACGCGCGCUGCUGCUGGCUGGCCCACCAGGAACAGGCAAAACUGCCAUCGCUUUAGCCAUAGCACAGGAACUCGGCAAUAAAGUGCCAUUCUGCCCCAUGGUCGGGAGUGAGGUGUACAGUACAGAGAUCAAGAAAACAGAAGUGUUGAUGGAGAACUUCCGGCGCGCCAUCGGUCUGCGCAUCCGUGAGACCAAGGAGGUGUAUGAGGGGGAGGUGACGGAGUUCACUCCUGUGGAGACUGAGAACCCGGCCGGCGGAUAUGGAAAAACAGUAUCUCAUGUGAUCAUCGGGCUGAAGACAGCCAAAGGCACGAAGCAGCUGAAACUCGACCCCACCAUCUAUGAAUCGCUGCAGAAGGAAAAGGUGGAAGUGGGAGACGUCAUCUACAUUGAAGCCAAUUCCGGGGCCGUGAAGAGGCAGGGGAGGAGCGACACAUUUGCCACCGAGUUCGAUCUUGAGGCGGAGGAGUACGUCCCGCUGCCGAAAGGCGACGUGCACAAGAAGAAGGAGGUGGUGCAGGACGUGACGCUGCACGACCUGGACUGCGCCAACGCGCGCCCGCAGGGCGGACACGACAUCAUGGCCAUGAUGGGGCAGCUCAUGAAACCCAAGAAGACCGAGAUCACUGAUAAAUUAAGAAAAGAGAUCAACAAAGUAGUGAAUAAAUACAUUGACCAAGGAAUAGCUGAAUUGGUGCCGGGAGUCCUAUUCAUUGAUGAGGUGCACAUGCUAGACAUUGAGACGUUCACGUACCUGCACCGAGCGCUGGAGUCCGCCAUCGCGCCCAUCGUCAUCUUCGCCACCAACAGAGGGCGUUGUCUAAUAAGAGGCACUGAAGACAUUGUGUCCCCGCACGGCAUACCCCUGGACCUGCUGGACCGGCUGCUGAUCAUCCGCACGCUGCCCUACAACAAGGCCGAGUUGUUACAGAUUCUGAAAUUGCGCGCAACGACGGAGGGUAUCGCCAUCGAAGACGACGCGCUGGCCGCGCUCGCCGACGUCGGCGCUAACAGUACGCUUAGAUACGCGGCGCAGCUGCUGACGCCAGCCAACCUGUCAGCGCGCGCGGACGGCGCGGGCCGCAUCGCGCCCGCGCACGUGGCCGCCGUGGCCGCGCUCUUCCUCGACGCCAAGGCCUCCGCGCGCAUACUCACCCUACACCAAGAUAAGUACAUGAAGUAGAUACU